AUGGCAUCGAGUCAGGAAUCACCUUGUCAUAAAAGUUCCUCAUCGCAAACACAAGACAAUGACACCACGACAGAUUAUCGUCCACAGAUUGAAGUCGAUCCAUUUCUACAAAUCCAACCUCCGGGAUAUGUGAUGCAACCUCAAGGCAGUUAUAUGAGUUUGUUAAUGAAUGUGAACAACCUACAAAGUGCUUCACAAAAUUCAUUUGAGUUGCAUGAUUUCAAUCUUGAGAUAAAUCCUAAUCCCCUCCCCGAGCCGGAGUCGGCUCCCGAAUUCGAGCCUGAACCCAAGCCCGAGCCUGCAUUUAGUGAUCCUGAUGUAUGUCUGGCCUUGGAAAGGAUAAAGCUUAAACCUCCACGAAUUCAAGAAUUAGUUGAUCAAUUACAAAUUGGCAUUGGUAAGAACCAUUACAUUCGGGUCGAUUCACCUGACGGGAUGUAUCCCCGGCCGAUUUAUGAGAACAUAUUGUAUUCCGAUUUGUUAAACAUGCUCUUGGAGGGUUGGCUUGAUGUCACAAUAUUACAUUGGUUUGCCAUGCAUUUCUUUGAGUCGCCCAAUUCUAGGUGUGCUUUUUUCAAUCCAAACAAAGUCACUGGAUCACGGUGUAGAACACUUUUUGAAGACGUCAAAAAACACGUAAAAGAAAUACGUGAGCUUCAUUCUAAAAAAGUGUUCUACCUUGCACCAUACUUAGCUCGGUAA